AUGAAUCAAUCCUUCGCUUCAGCAGAGGCCGGCUAUCUCGCGGUCGAGGACUCCGCAAAACAACAGGAUGGCAUUGACCCGGAUUCUAGUUCGACUUGCCGUAAAAGACAUGUAAAGUGCGAUGAAGUAAAACCAGUCUGCGGCGGUUGUAGCAAAACAAGAAAGACUUGUAUUUAUGAAAAUGGGCAAAAGAACGAAGAUAUUCGGAAUAUGAAUUUCGAGUCGGAAGGAUUUAAUAUAUUUGGAAACUCAGUCGCGCAAUCACCCAUCGAUCUACCGGAGUUGAAUGGUUCAUGCAAUGAGGAUGGCAUCGUCUUAUCUACACUAUCAUCAAACCCUUGUCUGCGCGAGAGGAAUCUCAUUCUCGAACAAGACCAAACACUCGAAAAGCAAUCGUGGCAGUCGGAAUCGCCCAUAACAAUACUUCCACACGAACACAUAGCAUUCCGAAAUUUUGUGCAGCAUAUCAGUGGAUGGAUGGACCUAUUCGACCAAAGUAGAUCUUUCGCAGUCCACGUGCCCCAUCUUGCAGUGCAUAAUGUAGGAUUGAUGAAUGCUAUCCUCGCUCUAUCAGUUCGGUAUAUGUCGUUGAGUGCUAAUAUGAAUGGCAUGCAUGAACAUGCGCAAAGCGAUGCUCUCCAGUACUAUUACAAAACACUCCAUUAUAUUCAAAAGGCUAUGCAAUAUGAUACUUAUAAGACGAGUUUAGAGCUUAUUGCUACAUCUCUUAUCAUAUCGACAUACGAGAUGCUAGACGGCUCAAGUCAAGAUUGGGAAAGACACCUUCAUGGUGUCUUUUGGAUUCAGCGAUCCCAAGUGAUCCACGGCGACUCGAAAGGUCUGCGGCAGGCAGUAUGGUGGGCUUGGCUUUGCCAAGACGUGUUCGCUGCGUAUCUUGAGAAGCGCAAGCCGUUCACGUUCUGGCGACCUGCAAGAAAUUUGGACGAACUCGACCCUCUCGAACUCGCAGCGCGCUCGGUGUAUUACUUUUCGCAAGUAGUCGGCUAUUGUUCUUCCGAAGAAGCUGAAGCGGGGAGACUAAACCCCUUUUCAAGGAUUGCGAAGAGAGACACGUUAAGGGAGAACCUUCAACAGUGGGAGAAGCAUCUCACAAUAGAAUUCAAGGCACUACCCCUUCCCCAAAUGGAAAAAGAGACGUUUGAGCCUUUAUGGAUUCACCCCCCAGCAUUUGGGGUCGCUAUACAAUUAUUCCACGCAUCGAAUAUAUUAUUAUCUUUGCAUUGUCCUGUCCCGGGCGAUUUCCAGAUGUACGCGAGUCUCCGAAAAAGCAUCAAGGAGAGCAUACGGAUAAUCUGUGGGGUUGCAAUGUCUCUAAACGACUUUGCCUCGAGUGUGCUAUGUUCGCAAUGCUUGUUUAUAGCUGGUCUACCACUCGAGAAUUCGGAACAACGGCGUGUUGUAUUAGAUCUUCUCGGUAGAUGUCGGAUGCAAGCGGGGUGGCCAGUAAGAUCAUUGAAAGAUAGGUUGGUGAGCAUCUGGGAGUCAAUGGACUAG